AUGUUACAUUCAUAUCAACUAACCUGUCGCCCUGGCAGGUACCCGAGCCCCGGCACCGUGCCGAGGAGCUCUCAGCAGACUGGCUCUACCAGGAACUGGCUGCCCGGUGGUCGGAGCUGCUACCGUCGCUCGACAAACUCUACAGUGCUACACGCUGCGUUUUACUCUGUCCUGGUCAAGCCCGGCCUCAGGAUCAUCGCGUUCAACUCCCUCUUUGGCUACACCCCCAACGUGUGGCUCGUACAGGACUCUCAGGACCCCGCGGGAGUGCUGGCCUGGCUCGAGGAGGAGCUGUGGAAGGCAGAGGGCGCGGGGGAGCUGGUCCACCUUCUGGGCCACGUGCCGCCGGGAAUCCUGGCCGCGGAAAGGACCUGGUCAAGGGAGUAUAACAGGAUCGUUGUCAGGUACGAGAACGUGAUUCGCGGCCAGUUCUUCGGGCACACGCACUUCGACGAGUUCGAGGUCUUCCAUGACGGCGAGCGCCCCGUCGGCGUGGCCUACGUGGCGCCGAGCCAGACGCCGUGGUAUGACCUCAACCCCGCCUACAGAGUCUACCACGUGGACGGGGACAGGCCGGGCACCACCAGGCUCGUUCUGGACCACGAGACGUACGUCCUGAACUUGACGGAGGCGCAGGCAAGCAGCGAGGCUCACUGGGAGCGCCUCUACUCGGCCAGGGACGCGUACGGAAUGGCCGCCCUCACGCCCGCCGAUUGGCAGGACCUGGCGGAGCGCAUGGCGGCCGACAGGAGCCUCUUCGACGUCUACUACAAGCACUUCGUCAGCGCCGGGGACCCGUACAUGGCCCUGGGCUGCGACGACCAGUGCUACCAGCAGCGCCUUUGCGACGUCGUCAGCUCCGACAGGAAUGACCUGGACCACUGCUUGAAACUACUGACGAGAAUGCAGAAAGGACGACAAGACGUCCGGCGAAUUCGAGUUCUCAUAGCAGUUCUCGUCUCUAGCGUCGACGCUGCGGUGCUGCUGGAUUAG